UAGUUAGGCCCGAAUUCGAUGUAGAGAGCCCAUUUUAUUGGGCUCGUGAGGAAGCCCUUUUACGUCCAGAAGCAAGAGAGACGGUGGUUGGGCUGUUUGGUUACCGUCAAUUUUCACGGGGUCCGUUUCUCCUCUUUCUUCUCUUCCUUUUACGCGGUGUCGGAGUUCGGACGCAUGGAGCGUGGCAAUUUCCAACUGCCCAAAUAACUGUCAUUCUCACAGGAGCAAUUCCCUCCUAGUUUCUCAAUUCUUUUUUUUACAUUUCCUUGUACCAGCUCCACCGUCACCUCCGUUCACGACAAUUCUGACCGGAAUCGCUCGCCGGAGCUCGGCCUGAAGCCGCACAGGAUGAAGCAGCUGCACAAGCAAGCGAGCGUGAACUACCGUCGGGACGAGGAGAUGCCGGGGAAUCAAUACUCGCCCAAGACACUCAAACACCCUAGAUCUCUUCCCAGAUCCAUCAACUACCUCUUCCGCGAGCAGCGCCUCCUCUUCGUCCUCGUCGGAGUUCUGAUCGGCUCUACUUUCUUCAUCCUCCAGCCCACUCUCUCCCGCCUCGGCCCUUCUGAGGCUCGCACUGCCGUCACCAGUUCCUUGUCCGGCUCUUCUUCUGUCGUUCAGUCCUCCAACCGCGGAUCUUCGGGCAUAUUCCAGAGGAGGUCGGUCUCCGGCCGGGUACCUGCGGAUCUCGGCCGACGGAGGUUGAGGAUUGUGGUUACCGGUGGAGCUGGAUUCGUCGGCAGCCAUCUGGUGGAUAAGUUGAUUGCCCGCGGCGAUGAGGUAAUUGUGAUUGACAAUUUCUUCACGGGGAGGAAGGAUAAUUUGGUUCAUCUGUUCGGGAACCCUAGAUUCGAACUCAUUCGUCACGAUGUUGUGGAGCCUAUACUGUUGGAGGUAGAUCAGAUCUAUCACUUGGCUUGCCCUGCAUCUCCGGUUCAUUACAAGUACAAUCCCGUCAAGACAAUCAAGACAAAUGUGAUGGGAACGCUGAAUAUGUUGGGUUUGGCCAAGAGAGUAGGUGCCAGGUUUCUGCUGACAAGUACCAGUGAGGUCUAUGGUGACCCGCUUGAGCAUCCACAAAAGGAGACUUAUUGGGGAAAUGUUAAUCCGAUUGGUGAGAGGAGCUGUUAUGAUGAAGGGAAACGAACAGCAGAGACACUGACCAUGGAUUACCACCGAGGUGCUGGUGUUGAGGUGCGUAUUGCUCGCAUUUUUAACACCUAUGGACCUCGCAUGUGUUUGGACGAUGGACGUGUUGUCAGCAAUUUCGUGGCUCAGGCCAUCCGCAAACAACCAAUGACUGUGUAUGGCGAUGGGAAGCAAACGAGGAGCUUCCAAUAUGUUUCUGACUUGGUAUGGCUUACUGUUAUCUAAUACUUUGAAACAGAUACUCUUCUUCGAACAUGCAAAGCAACUUUCAAAAUUUUCUGAAACUUGCAGAACAUGUGAAUGCGUAAGAAGCCAUUGGUCAAUGUUAGCAGAUGUGCAUUUGAACACUCAGGGUAGUUGAAUAGGUCUUCGAUCCGGGUCAGUGACAGGAAAUCAAACCCUCAUGGAUUGUCAGUUUGUCAACCUUAGGGCGCAUGCCAAGCAAUCAACUUCCGAUGUCUAUGCAUCAAAUCGGUCGUUACACAGACGUAAAAUAAUUGCUGGAUUCCCGCUGACUUUUCUCUAGCUUGACAUACUACAUGAUGGACUUUCUGAGAUGCUAAGUAUCAAUGUCUCGGACUUAGUGAGUUGCUAUGUUAGUUGUGCGACCCUAACAUAGGAGGACUAGUGGGCCACAAUGUUUGCAAACUUGAGUGAGGGAGAGAUAGCUGCAGUGGCAUUGUUGUGGCAGAGUGUAUCAGUUGUUUGUCACUGUGGGGAGCAACUUUGACAUUGUUGUCAGCGCCUUACAGCUGCUGCUCCUUUGAAUGACAGGUAGAUGGAUUGGUAGCACUGAUGGGAGCUUGCUGAGGUUUGCCCCCCUUACCUGACCUUGUGAAUUUAUUUGCCCUUUGUGGAUAGGAUUCUUUAUGUAAAGUGUGUGCUUCCUCGUGUGCUUGUGCUGAGAUCUGACUCUGUGUUUUGGUAACGUUGAAGGUGGUGAAGACAGUUAUUGAUCCAAGUGCAAGCAUAGAGUUCAGGCCAAACACCGCAGAUGAUCCGCACAAGAGGAAGCCGGACAUUGGGAGAGCAAAAGAACUGCUGAACUGGGAGCCCAAAAUCUCGCUGAAAGACGGGUUGCCACUCAUGGUGAGCGACUUCAGGAAUCGCAUUCUGAACGAGGACGAAGGGAAAGGGCUUUGAGGACG